AUGGCUCAACAGUUCAACCGACAUUUAAUUAACGCUUUUGUCAUUUUCAUGAUGUAUCUGAAUAAAGGGCUCAGCAAAUCGUUCCAGAGCUUGUCUGAGGAACAGUUCCUUUUGGAGCUGAGUGAGGAUCGAGCAACGAUGGAUGAUCGACGGCCAACCCGGCGACCAUCGUCACAACACCGGAGUCGGCCACCGUACCUCGGUAUCUACGGUAGUUCCGGCAAAAUCAGCCAACAGUUUCAUCCCAGCGCAGCGGAGAUGAGCGAGAACGAAAGUUACGACUCGGACGAGAGCAAUCGGUUAAGGACACCGCUCGACCGAGGUCCACACUUUGAUCUGUCCGCUUCGAAGAACAUUACGGCGCUCGUCGGCAAGACGGCGUACCUCAAUUGUCGCGUCAAAAAUCUGGGCAACAAAACGGUUUCAUGGGUGAGGCAUCGUGAUAUCCAUCUAUUGACCGUUGGUAGAUUCACAUACACAUCCGAUCAGCGGUUCCAGGCGGUACAUAAUCCCGUGCACGAUGACUGGUCGCUUCAGAUUCGAUAUCCUCAGAAGCGAGAUACGGGAAUGUACGAAUGCCAGAUUUCCACGACACCUCCGGUCGGCCGCUUGAUGUACCUCUCUGUUGUUGAACCCAUCACCACGAUCGUCGGCGUUCCGGAUCUGUACAUCAACACUGGUUCAACUGUAAACUUGACCUGUAUAGUACGAAACUCACCCGAACCACCAUCAACCAUCAUCUGGACGCACAACAAUCAGGAUAUCAACUAUGACUCCCCAAGGGGUGGUGUGUCCGUCAUCACGGAAAAGGGUGAGACGACCAUCUCUUAUUUGCUCAUUCAACGCGCUUGGACGACCGACACGGGCAAGUACGUUUGCUCACCGUCGAACGCGGAUCCUGUUACCAUCAAUGUGCACAUUUUAAAUGGUGAACACCCUGCUGCUAUGCAGCACGACGGCCAACGGCGGAUAGGUGAUUCCAUCAAUAUGUUCAUCAUCUGCUUAAUCAGCGUUUUCCUCGGAUACCGAUGA